UCAGAUUGUAACAUGAUUCUGUUCUCUCCCUCUCCCCAAAAGUGCUUGUAACUAUUUUAUGAAUACGAAGGGUGCUCAAUAUGUUUGCAUUAACGCAUACCCUUUUCUUGUUUUCCCCGUUUCAUAUUGGAUUAAGCGCCAAAUUUUCCGAAUUUGCAUUAUGGUAUUGCUAGUUGGAAUUGCAUUGCUUCUGGGUCUCUUCCUCGCUGUUCUUCUAUUCAACCCACGACACCGUAAAUCUGGGCACAAGGGAAAAGCUCAAGCCAGUUUAAACGAUAAUAAGGCAUCAAAGUCCUACAGUAAAACAGAAAUUUCAUUGCAUAACAAGAGAACAGAUUGUUGGAUAAUCAUCAAGAACAAGGUAUAUGAUGUUACCUCAUAUGUGGAAGAACAUCCAGGUGGUGAUGCCAUUCUUGCACAUGCGGGAGAUGAUUCAACUGAAGGAUUUUUUGGGAACCACUUGUAUUACUCUCUCUAGGGUUUGGGGGGAACUAGAAAGAAACAAGAGAAGCACAAGACCUCAGCAUGCAACUCGAGUCUUUGACAUGAUUGAAGACUUCUGCAUUGGAGAUUUGGAGCAAUAGCUAAGUCAGUUGCUCCAGGAUUGUAAUGUUCAAGAGAUGUAUGAUUUGAGAAUUUCAACUUUCUAGUGCUUGUUAUCUCCAUAAUUUUUCACUCCUUGUCUGAUCAUUUAUCUUCAUUAGAUAGUAAUUCAGGUGUCACUGAUCGAAUUAAUCCCAUGCAUGAUCUUGAUAUAAUUGUGCAUGAAAUCAUUUGUGCUCUCUUGUGGAUGUGUGCAGAAAUAGUAAAACAAUGAGGCUCCCCUCUUCAUUUCAUGUGCCAACCACCAUUAUUAUCCUA